UGAGGAAACACAUGGAAAAAGGAGAAUUAGAGUGAAAUCUGACAGAAUAUAGAAAGCAAACUCAAUAGUCAUGCAAGUACAUAGCCAUAACUUAUUACAUCAUGAUCAUAGUAGCAAACCUUAGAUGUUUGCCAAACUGAGUUGAAAUCACACAACUGUGCUAUAAUCUCUGGAAAAAUUUGGUGGUUUAAAAAGCCAUAUCAGCAUUUUUCAUUGUACUUUCUGCAGAGGAUGCUCAGCUGACUCCUGUUUUACGACUUGGAGCUGGAGCAUGUGCUGGAAUAAUUGCCAUGUCUGCAACUUAUCCAAUGGAUAUGGUUCGAGGUAGGAUAACUGUACAGACUAAGAAAUCCCCUUAUCAGUAUAGAGGAAUGUUACAUGAUCUGUCUACUGUACUUAGGGAAGAAGGUCCACGUGCUUUAUACAAGGGUUGGCUACCUUCAGUAAUUGGAGUUAUUCCUUAUGUGGGUCUCAACUUUGCUGUCUACGAGUCUUUAAAAGAUUGGUUAAUCAAAUCCAAACCGUUUGGUCUAGCUCAAGAUUCUGAGUUGAGUGUGACAACACGUCUGGCUUGUGGUGCUGUUGCCGGAACUUUUGGACAAACUGUUGCUUAUCCUCUCGACGCCAUUCGUCGAAGAAUGCAGAUGGUGGGCUGGAACCAUGCUGCUUCUGUUGUAGCUGGGGACGGAAGAGGCAAGGUCCCGCUCGAAUACACUGGAAUGAUAGAUGCAUUUAGGAAAACCGUUCGAUACGAGGGAUUUGGUGCAUUAUACAAGGGUCUGGUGCCAAAUUCUGUAAAGAGAAUAUGGCGGGAGAAAAGCUGUCUUCCUCUCUAUCACUACUUCAAAUUCAAGACUGUCCUUUGCUCAGAGAACGCUGCAAGAAGAGUUGCUGCUGAACUCUCUGUAAAGGGGCCUGAAGAGAUAGAUAACUACUAUGGUCAAGAUAAGGAUCUGAUUUCAUUAUGGAUUCAACCAUUAGAAUGUGCAUUAGGACAGCUUCUGUGGCAGUUUCAACUUGGUGAGCAUUUCUGUUUUCAAAGCUAAAAAAGGAUGGCAACAAUGUUGAUCACAUCAUUGUGUAUUUAUCAUAGCAGGUUCUGAUCAUUUUCUUAUGUGAGUGUCUCUCUAUAUUCCCAUUAUUAGUGUAUCAGCCUGAUCAAGUGAAUCAUCUGAUAAUCAAAUCUAUUCUUGUUUAAGUUGAGAUUCAAUAUUAUCAGUCAAUUCAUUAAGAAGCCAUUAUUAUUAAACGCAUCGAAUGCUAAGUACAAGAAAUCAUUAUGAAUUUUUGCUACAAAUGUUUUACUGCACAACAACAUCACACAUUAAAAUGUUCAUCAUAUCAUAAUUUUAUAUAAAAUUAACGUUUAUUAGGAACAGCUUCUAAGAAAAAAGUUUUAAACUUGGCAACAAAAUUUCCACAAAGAAAAUAAUUCCAUUGGUCACACAAAAGGCUUGAAUGAUACUCCUCUCAUGCGCUUAGUAUACUUUAGCUGGUAUUAUAAGAUUAUGUUUGCAAGCUUAAUUUGGAUAUUCCUUUUGAAAUUUUGGUAACAUAAAAUGCUAAUUAUAUUAUUGGAUUGUAACAGCUAGCUUUCAACUAAACUCUCUAUGAGGAUUAAGCUUGAUGAUCAAUAGGUAUUCAAUUUUUUUUUUUGGUCUUGGGGGUAUUCAUAUUUUCAUAUCGCUCUAUCUCGUGCAUUUCUUGUGGAUAUCAACUAAAAAUAGAUUUUCUAGAGGGCCUGAGGAUUUUUUUUUGUUAAUCUAGUUCGGGGA